AUGCUCAACAGGAAAGAGCUUCUUGUUGUGGACGAGGUGGAAUGGGAGAUCAAGGGUCUGCUCUCGGUAGAGUACACUGCCCAAUUUCUUGGCCGUGAUGGCAGUGAGCGUGAAUUUGAAAAUCACGUUAAUGAUCACCCGAGCUGGCGAGAUGAUGAUGAAGAACUCGCACUGCCUAAGCUUCGAAAGGACCUUACAGUACUACGCUACCCCAACGUUAAUCAGCUUGCUGAAGGCUUUCUGCAGAUUGUCUGGGAUGACGAAGGCCACGAAUGGGCGCUCAGCUCGUUGAUGGAGCGCAAUGUUGCUUUGGGUUGGCCGGAUGAUCCUAAUCUUUUGGAAUCCAACACUCUGCCAAACAAGCCAGUCCCCAGACAGAUCACUCGCGGUUAUCUACGAAGCGAGAAGAGGCCACGGAUCAGUGCCGAAGAUGAUGACGAAGACGACGAUUGUGAUCAGUUCACCGACUAUCUUGAAUCCGAAGAUAUCAUCACAUACGGCGAGCGAUGCGACCCACACACCGCAAUACCCAAAAGCGUUGCACAUUUUGAGAAACCACCAGUACCACCUAUGCCUACAGAUAUAGAAAGGACCAUAUCUGUCAUGACAGCUUACGUUGAGGUAGACGAAGUCAUUGACAGCAUCGGAAGAAAAUGUGUCGACUGCAAUCAUGUCAGGAGACCCACUGACAAGACACACUUCUCGUUCAAUCUCUAUGUCAUUGGUCAAAGGCCUGAAUCGCCACAACUAUUCUUUACCCUUCUCAACCAAAGAAUUCUGGAAUACAUACCCUUGAAGCUGCACGUGUACGUCGUGCCAAAUUUAUCGACAGCACUAUCGCAUCACGAAGAUGAAAUGGCGACUAGGCCUUUGUCUGGUAGAUUACCAAUCAAUUAUGCCGGACUGCCUGAGCAACCUCAAUCACAUGUUUUCCUAUACAUCGAUGAGCAUAUGAUGCGGCAUAAAGGUCCGAAGGUUGUCACAAGAGAUCCUGCCAUGGAAGGUCCAAUGCUUGAAGUCAUGCACGCAGGUAGCUGGGGUAGUACGGCGGAAAUGCUUCUCACCUAUUUUACCCUGUGCACUGAGACGCCAAAAAUCAUGGCUCCACUGGCCAACCCUUACUACCAGCCUCCGUCAAUUUCUGCAUCUGUGUCCCUAACACCGACACACGUGGGCUCCGGACCAUGUCGUGUACCUGAUGAGAUGCAUCUCAAUUUGACUCUUACCCUAAGCACCGCACAGACACGUAGCAUCGGCGCUCACACGCGUACUGCCACCGUCGCCUUCCUACUGGAAUACACCACAGAUUUUGAGUACUGA